AUGUGCGAGCGUGACAGCAAUUAUUCCUUCAGACUUCUCGCAGCUGAUCGUAUUGCUUUCGUGGCUGCAAACACCGCUGCGCUCGCGGUUGCGAACGCCACUGCACUCGCGGUUGCGGAUGCCGCUGCGCUCGCAGCCACGGAUACCUCUGCGCUCGCCGCGGCGGUCGCCACUGUGCUCGCAGCUACCGACGCCACGGCGCUCGUGGCUGCGGACGCCACUGCGCUCGCAGCUGCCGACGCCACUGCGGUCGCGGCUGCGGGCGCCACGGUGCUCGCGGCUGCGGACGCCACUGCGCUCGCGGCUGCCGACGCUAGAGCGCUCGCGGCUGCCGACGCCACUGCGCUCGCAGCCGCCGAUGCCACGGCGCUCGCGGCUGCCGACACCAUGGCGCUCGCGGCUGCUGACACCAUGGCGCUCAUGGCUGCGAACGCCACUGCGCUCGCGGCUGCCGACGCCACUGCGCUCGCGGCUGCCGACACCAUGGCGCUCGCGGCUGCCGACACCAUGGCGCUCGCGGCUGCCGACGCCUCGGCGCUCGCGGCUGCGGACGCCACUGCGCUCGCGGCUGCGGACGCCACUGCGCUCGCGGCUGCCGACGCCAGAGCGCUCGCGGCUGCCGACGCCAUUGCGCUCGCAGCCGCCGACGCCACGGCGCUCGCGGCUGCUGACACCAUGGCGCUCGUGGCUGCGAACGCCACUGCGCUCGCGGCUGCCGACGCCACUGCGCUCGCGGCUGCCGACGCCACUGCGCUCGCGGCUGCCGACACCAUGGCGCUCGCGGCUACCGACGCCUCGGCGCUCGCGGCUGCGGACGCCACAGCGCUCGCGGCUGCGGACGCCACUGCGCUCGCGGCUGCCGACGCCACUGCGCUCGCGGCUGCCGACGCCACUGCGCUCGCGGCUGCCGACGCCUCGGCGCUCGCGGCUGCCGACACCAUGGCGCUCGCGGCUGCCGACGCUUCGGCGCUCGCGGCUGCCGACGCUAGAGCGCUCGCGGCUGCCGACGCCACUGCGCUCGCAGCCGCCGACGCCACGGCGCUCGCGGCUGCUGACACCAUGGCGCUCGCGGCUGCUGACACCAUGGCGCUCGCGGCUGCGGACGCCACUGCGCUCGCGGCUGCAGACACCAUGGCGCUCGCGGCUGCCGACGCUAGAGCGCUCGCGGCUGCCGACGCCACUGCGCUCGCAGCCGCCGACGCUACGGCGCUCGCGGCUGCUGACACCAUGGCGCUCGCGGCUGCGGACGCCAUGGCGCUCGCGGCUGCGGACGCCACUGCGCUCGCGGCUGCAGACACCAUGGCGCUCGCGGCUGCCGACGCCUCGGCGCUCGCGGCUGCCGACGCUUCGGCGCUCACGGCUGCGGACGCCACUGCGCUCGCGGCUGCGGACGCCACUGCGCUCGCGGCUGCCGACGCCAGAGCGCUCGCGGCUGCCGACGCCAUUGCGCUCGCAGCCGCCGACGCCACGGCGCUCGCGGCUGCUGACACCAUGGCGCUCGUGGCUGCGGACGCCACUGCGCUCGCGGCUGCAGACACCAUGGCGCUCGCGGCUGCCGACGCCUCGGCGCUCGCGGCUGCGGACGCCACUGCGCUCGCGGCUGCCGACGCCACUGCGCUCGCGGCUGCCGACGCCACUGCGCUCGCGGCUGCCGACGCCACUGCGCUCGCGGCUGCCGACGCCACUGCGCUCGCGGCUGCCGACGCCACUGCGCUCGCGGCUGCCGACGCCACUGCGCUCGCGGCUGCCGACGCCUCGGCGCUCGCGGCUGCCGACGCCUCGGCGCUCGCGGCUGCCGACACCAUGGCGCUCGCGGCUGCUGACACCAUGGCGCUCGUGGCUGCGAACGCCACUGCGCUCGCGGCUGCCGACGCCACUGCGCUCGCGGCUGCCGACACCAUGGCGCUCGCGGCUGCCGACGCCUCGGCGCUCGCGGCUGCGGACGCCACAGCGCUCGCGGCUGCGGACGCCACUGCGCUCGCGGCUGCCGACGCCACUGCGCUCGCGGCUGCCGACGCCACUGCGCUCGCGGCUGCCGACGCCACUGCGCUCGCGGCUGCCGACGCCACUGCGCUCGCGGCUGCCGACGCCUCGGCGCUCGCGGCUGCCGACACCAUGGCGCUCGCGGCUGCGCACGUUGCCGGAUCACUAGCACAGUACUUCGACACUUUCCAACUUUACACUACCGAAGACACUUUAACACUGCCUGUCGCUCGCAGGCGACCCACGAGGAAAAAACCCGUUGUCAACGUACUCCAAUCUGUAGCUUUAGACGUGGUCAAAGCCUCGGAACACGUUAAAAAGAUUUUACUUUUAAUUAAAAACCAUCGUGAAAAUCCGGAAAAAGUGACAGAUGAGGUUGUAAAGGAAGCUACUGCUGUAGCGGAGAAAGACGGACUGGAGGAGGACAUUACAUCAAUGCCGCGUAUUACGGCGAAACAACGUCAUAGAAGCAAUCAUCCAGCAGGAAGCCCUUCAGAAUACCGGAAGAGGUCUUUAGUAAUACCAUACUUGGAUUCAAUUAUGACCUCCCUUGAAGUACGUUUUGCUGAAGAAAACACGCCAUCAUUCGCAUUAUCUAAAUUUCACCCGCCGCAGAUGCAAUAG